GGGGAUUCCCAGGCCUCAUUGCCAACACAAGUCGUCUUCAUAUUUAUUGAGUUUUUUUCAUGUAAUCAACAGUGAUUUUUGCGGUUUUCGCGGGUGAGCAUCUUCGUCCUCAUCGGAUGUUUUGGCUUCCGAGUUAUCAUGUUUGUUCGUAUUUGAUUCACUUGUUAGUAAUUUUCGGUUUUUGCGAGAGGGUUUUAGGCAGUGGUCUCGGUUCCUCUUUCGUCGGGACGUCAUUCGGUUUCGGCAGUUUGGAAUUUGGCCAAUACAGCCAGGUACGUACGUAUGUAUGUACGUUACGCACGUAGUCAUAGGUCUGAAUUCGUUGGACGUAACCUUUGAUUCAGGGAAUAAGGGAUCCUCUAGACGUCACGCACGUUUCAUAUGGCAUGUCAUACAGUCACAGUUGUCAACUACAAGUGAAAUAGGACCUCAUACGUUGAUGCAUGCAGUCGGUUUGACGGUGAGAAAUUACAAAUACAAGUGAUAGAAAAUGUCUGGAUAUAAUCGCAAAGGUCGUGGCCGGCCAAGGGGUAGGGGGAACGGACCUCAGACGGAACGAAGCAAGUCACCAUCCAAAAGACAAAGGGCAAAUGUCAAUCAAUACCAAAGAGUAAAUAAAAAUGAUAACCGUGCUUCAAGAGACUCGAGUGAAAGUAGACAAUCUAAUGCAGAGCAAAAGCGUGCUCCAAGAUAUUCAAAGUUCAAUCAGUUGUUGAGAUUGAGCAAAAUGAAUGGCAAUGAAAUAGCUGCUGAAGUAUAUGCAAAUACAGAUUUUAAGCUAUUAUUAAACAGCAAUUUGAACAACGAUUUUUUGGUACUCACAAUUCGGGUUUUGGCAGAGCUGAGGUUUUCUAAUUUCACAAGAAUUGUAAGAAAUAUACUAACAGAUGCUUGUAAAUCAAGGUUUUUUGAAAAGUUGAAAUACCAUUUAGAAAUUCUACCCCUCGAAUCCCAAGUCAAUAUGAGAGAAAAUAAAUUUUACUGGGAAGAUGUUGACGGUUUCUGGGAAGCCUUGGCUAUGUUUUUCAAAACAAUCAUCAAUAUUGUUCCGGUAGAGGCUCACCACAAAUUGAUACCACUAAUCCUGCAACACAUUAUACAAUCCAUUAUGACACAAGCAACUCAUGAUAUUGAUCUUCACAUAAAAACACAAUUCAAGCAAUUAUCUGAUCAACUCUAUGAAAAGAAAAAAAAAAAUGUCAUUUACGAAGCGUCGAGUAGAGCAACUAUGUUGGAUUUCCGACAAUUGAGCGUUGUCCCGACAGUAGAAGAUCUCAAUGAUCACCAUCCUUACAUCAGGCCUUGUAGGAUUCAAGGCGCAUAUGAUUCAGUUGAACAUUACCUAGAUGUACAAUUUCGUCUGUUACGUGAAGACUUUAUCUUUCCAUUGAGAAACGGGAUUCUAGAAUACAAAAGAUUGGCAGAUACAAGAAUCCGUUCCACACAAAUUUCGGACAUACGAGUUUUUCAGGAAGUGGAAAUAAUUAGCCCAACAAUAGUGAAGGACAAAGUCGGUUUUAUCAUUUCCAUUGGAAAAAAACAGAAGAUAAACUGGAUUCGUUCAAAAUGCUUCAUGUAUGGAUCACUUUUAUGUUUAACUAAUGAUAAUUUCAACAGUGUUCUGUUUGCUACCGUUGCUGAGCGUGAUCCAAAAUUGUUAGAAAAAGGAGAGGUCAUUAUCGAACCUUGUAUAGGUACGCAAAUCACAGAUGGAAUGUACAAUUGCAAAUUUGUCAUGGUGGAGUCAAAAGUGUAUUUCUUGCCAUACUAUUAUACCCUUAACAGUUUACGUGACAUGUCUGAAGAGAAUUUCCCAAUGAAGCGGUACAUAAUAGAUGCAAAAUCCACAGCUACCCCACCGAAGUAUCUUAACCACAGUACCGUUUAUGCGUAUAAAGAAUUUAAAAUCACCGUUUUGGACAAUAAAUCUUGGCCGAGUCCUGUAAAGCUUGGACUUGAUAUAUCACAGUAUGAAGCACUCAAAGGUGCCCUUCAACAGGAAUUAUCAGUAUUGCACGGGCCACCAGGAACUGGAAAGACGUUUAUGGCACUACAAAUAGCCAGUACAUUAAUAACUAAUUCCUCAGCAUGGUAUAAUCCAGCACAGCCAACGCCUAUGAUUGUUGUUUGCUUGACGAAUCACGCUCUAGAUCAAUUUCUGGAAGGUAUUCUAGAAUACACGGACUCUCUGCUCCGUAUCGGGGAACAGUCUAAGAAUCCAAAGUUAGCAAAAUAUAAACUGAAGACUGUGCGAGAUAAUUACUUGAAAGAUGAGAAAAAUAAACAUCAUGCCUGGCAGCGUACGGGUUAUUAUCGGAGGGAGUUGAAGCGGAUACUGGAUCAACUUGGAGAAGCCUAUUCAGCUUUUAAGGCUUUAACUAGUUGUACGUCACUUGUUUCGCCAAAUUUAUUCCGCACAUAUCUCAGCAAUCAAGAAUUACAAAAUUUAACCGCUAGAAAUCUGCUUACUAAACUUUUUGGCACUUAUCUGGCUGAUAUAGCUGUUCAAAUAAAUCCAACUCAAUGUGAGUCUGUUCAGUCACCACUCAUCGAUGAUAGUGACUCUGAAAAUGAAUACAUAGAUGCAGAUGAUGACUUGGAAGUAGCAAGUGUCAGUCAUGCAGAUGAUUCAAGUUUUACUUGCUUGGAGAUCAGUCACAUAGAUAUUGCUAAACGUGAUUGUGAAACAGAACUGAGUAAACAUAAAGCAGACAGCCACCAAUUCAAACAACUCAGCUCUCAAUUGUCUCAACUGCAAUUUCUUCAAACUGCUUUGACGGCAAGACUCAGUGAGCAUCCGCAAAACAUGCAUAAGUCAGAAGCAGGUCCGUUGUUACGAGACAUCAAUUGGGAAACAUAUUGGUAUUGGCUGGAAAGCUGCCAUCUAUCUGUUAAGGAGAAAAUAAAACUUUUGGAAAAAGAGUAUCAAGAAAUUUCUUCGCAGCUAAGUGACUUCAAAAGUAUAACUGAUUUAGAAGUAAUGCGGAAUUCUUUGGUUAUUGGUUUGACCACAACAGGCGCAGCUAGGCUACACGAAUCAUUGCGAGCUCUACAAUCUCCGAUAGUGUUAGUAGAGGAAGCAGCUGAAAUACUCGAAGCCCAUGUAAUUUGCUCUUUAACGGAACAUUGUCAACAAGUCAUCCUGAUUGGCGAUCACAAACAACUACGUCCAAAACCAGCCACUUAUGAAUUGGAAAAAUAUUAUAACCUUGACAUUUCUCUUUUCGAAAGGAUUGUAAAAAUGAGAGACAAGUGCACGCAGUUAGUUAUUCAACACCGAAUGAGGCCAGAAAUUUCUGCAUUGUUGACCCCAUCUAUCUACGAAAAAUUGUCAAACCAUAUAUCGGUUUAUUCACAUCCUAUGGUGAAGGGCAUGAAUAAAAGUUUAUUCUUUCUUAACCACAGUAAUGAAGAAUCAAGAUCUUCGGACAUAGAAUCUGUGUCCAAUCCAUUUGAAGUUAAAUUUCUGCUGGCUCUGGCAAAACAUCUAAGGUUCCAAGGAUAUGCACCAAAAGAAAUUACAAUACUGAGCACGUAUAAUGGUCAGUUGUUCAAAUUCAAAGAGGCUGCAAAGAACAUACCAAUUUUGCGCGAAGUGCGCCUAACAACAGUUGAUAACUAUCAAGGCGAAGAAAACAAGAUCAUACUGUUAUCGUUGGUGCGUAAUAAUAAAUCGGGCAAUGUUGGCUUUUUACGAAUAGAGAAUAGAGUUUGUGUGGCACUAUCACGUGCUCGCGAAGGAUUCUACAUUAUGGGAAACAUGAACAAUCUGAUCGUUGGAAACGAAAUCUGGCCAAAAAUUAAGAGAACACUGGAAAGCUCCAAUGCUCUUGGAGACCAUCUGGUCUUGCAAUGCCAAUUACACAGCGAUCAGUUAACAGAGGUAAAGUCUGCUUCUGAUUUCAAACAUUCUAUCGAUGGUGGGUGUACUCGGCAAUGUGAUGCACUUUUAUCUUGUGGACAUACCUGUAAUAAGCGUUGUCAUUUAUCAAACCGUGAGCAUAAAAAAUACAUUUGUAAACAACCUUGUCUACAAGCGUGCAUAAGGGGACAUGUUUGUGGAUUGCUGUGUAAUGAGACCUGUAAACCUUGUCAAAACAUCAUUACCUUUACGCUGAGUUGUUCGCAUACUUGCCAGCUUCCUUGUAGUACAGAUAUCACAAAAUAUGAAUGCAAUGUUGAGAUCACAACUAUGUUGCAAUGUGGCCACGUGGUUACAAAGCCUUGUCAUCGCCCCGCUUCAACAUAUCCGUGCCCUAUGCCUUGCAAAUAUGCAUUACAAUGUGGUCAUGUAUGUCGUAAGAAAUGCCACGUCAAAGACGAUCCCUGUCAUUUAAAGUAUAUUUGUCAAGAAAAUUGUAAAAAAAUUGCAAUUGGCUGCGAAUCGAAUCAUCUUUGUCCAAAGAAGUGUCAUGAGCUAUGUGAACGUUGUGCCAUUGUUGUGAAAAAGGAUCGUUCAUGUGGCCAUACAAGGCGCAUCGAAUGUUCAACGGAUGUGGAAUCUAAAAUUUGUGCAAAGAAGUGCAAUCGCAAUUUACCCUGCGGACACCCAUGCAAGCGCACAUGUUCUGAGCCAUGUGGACAGUGUAAAAUAAUGGUCGAUAAAAUUAUUCCCGACUGUGGUCAUGUUCAGGAAAUCGAAUGUGGCAAGAAGCCAUUGGCUAAACUUUGUAAAAGUAAAUGCCACCGUAUGUUGAAAUGUGGACAUCCUUGCAAAGCUCUAUGUUCUGAACCUUGCACAAAAAAAUGCGAGUAUCCAAGGCCUAUGCUAAAGCCUGGCUUAUGUCAACACUCUUAUGCGUUACCGUGUUACAAAAUAGAAGCUGGUUUAGCAGAAUAUGCCGAUGCGCUGCUACAACAUUGUCCAACUCCAUGCGCAGCUCAGUUGCCUUGCGGUCACGUGUGCGGUGGCACCUGCGGGACCUGUAAACAAGGGCGAAUUCAUGAACCCUGCCGUGAAAAAUGCAACAAAAUUCUUCUCUGUGGCCACAAAUGCCAGGAUCUUUGCAAAGAUAUGUGUUCGCAAUGUGGGGAAGUAUGCUCCCUAAGAUGUGAGCAUGAUGUAUGCCGGAAUGCAUGUCGAGCACCUUGCAAACCAUGUCAGAAACCUUGUACUUUGAAAUGCCAACAUAUCCAAUGCAAAAAAAUGUGUAGCGAAAUAUGUGACCAGGAUCACUGUGACAAACCUUGCGCUGAGCAGCUUAAAUGUGGUCACCAAUGUGUCGGAUUUUGUGGUGAACCAUGCCCACCGCUGUGUCGGAUUUGUGAUACAAUGGAAUUAUCGAAAUUCAUUAGAGAGAGCCAUAAAAAUGAUGUGCGAUUUGUGUACCUACCAGACUGUGGUCACAGCAUCGAAAGCAAUUUCCUUGAUUGGGUAUGGCUGAAAAGCAACAGAAUUGGUAUUAAAACAUGCCCGCAAUGCGAAACGCGUAUUAUACAUUGUAAACGAUAUGCAAAUCAAAUCAAGAGAGAGCGUAUAAACAGGCAAUUCGUCAGCACCAACGUAUACCAAAAACGGUUAAAAUUGAUUAUUGAUAAGCAGAGAAUUAUCAACGACAUUACCCGUCUGCUAUCGACGUAUACAUCACAGUUUCCAGACAUAAAAGCUCGCAGGAAUCUGGUCGAAAGCUUGCAAUUUUUUGUUGACCACGCUCAAUUUCUCAACAUUUUACAGCUCAAAGAUAUGAGCAUCAAAUUAACAAUUGCUGAAACUAUUUUAAGUGAACUUCAAAAGGUACCGAGUGCUUAUCGUAAUGUCAAUGACUGUCCUGUCAUUUUCAACCAAGUGAUCAUGCUAAUGACAUCUCUCUCUCCCGAUACUCAUCUCUCCAAUCAAAUGGUUGAUGAUCUUCGAAAUGAGCUCAACAGAUUAUAUUACAUGGUUCAGCUCUCUAAACUCGAGAGAACAAAGGGGUUAGCCCAAAGUGGACCUGCGCUACAAAUGGAAAUCAUUCGUUUAGGAUUGUUGAACUUGAGAAAAUUCACGGAAUACACCGGAAACGUAAUCUUCAAACAAUUAUCUGAUCUCCGUCAAUCACUUAAAUCACGAGUCAAGCUUAAUGAAGUAAAAGGUAUCAAUGUUUUAAGUGUAGUUGGGAUAGAAGAAGAAGGUUGGUACAAGUGUCCUAACGGGCACAUUUUCUCAAUAGAAUGUAAAAUAUGUCCUUCGGCACCACUAGCUCCCGUUGUGAAGUAAAUUAUGAAUACAUAUACUAUACGUUUAUCAGCUAUAGUCAGGAUGUAAUUAUUUUGUGUUUUUGUUAUAUAUGGUUAUUUGAUGCAUUAGAAAUGUAUGCAAUAGAAAAAUGCUUGCGACAA